GCGGGUGUCAAGGCGAAGGAAGGCACAGUAGCUACUACUCAGCAGCAGAAGGAGAUCGGUACGCUGCGCACGAAGUUGGAGCUACUGGAGAGGGAGAACAAGGAGAUUCAAGAGCAGUACGAGAAAGCUGAAAAACAUGUUGUGUUGCGAGCUGAGAAGAGGAAGGUGGCGCUGUUCGCCAAACAGCUCCACGCUGCGAACGCCACCAAUACCGAGCUGCAGCGAAUGCUGUGCGAAGACGUUGAAGCCGUUGAAGCCGACGAGGAGACGCAGGAGACGCAAGGACCCGAGAAGCCGGACGGCUUGAAGAUGCUGAGCCAUGUUCUCUGA